AUGUAUAUCAAGAGACAAGUUGCUCGUAACAUGCGGCAGAUCCAAACUCUAGAUCACAAAAUUCACAACACUAUUGAAGUUCUUCUAUCUCCGAUGUAUCAGAAGAUCGAUGAAUUUAUUCAGUCCUUAUCCAGUCUAGAUUCCGUCUAUGAAGCUAUGUUAGAUCAUCUGCAGAGUCAUAUCACUGCUCCAGAUCGAUACACCUCCUCUCUUGAGAAGUCAAUUGCUGAACUAUCUAAAGCUUCAGCAUCAUCUUCCACCUCUCCCUUUCAAGCAUUUAGUGAGCAAGUUCAGUGUCAAUUGGAUUCAUUGCGAUCUAACAUUGAUAAUAUCUCCAAAUCCAAUUCACAACAGGUCAACAAUUACUCAGACUCACCAAAUGCGUUUGAGAAAAGGAGAAAGGAGAAAUUAGAGUUACUUGAUAAAAUGGUUGUUGUCGCAAGAUUAAAAGCUCAACAAAACAGAGCAAAGAUGGCAGAAACAGAAAAGGAACUCAUUCGUAAGCAAGGGAUCAAGGAUCCAGCUCUAAAACUUCACCAAAUUGAUCCUAAGGAUAGAGGAAAACAAAAGGUUAUCUUCAAGACAAAGAAUGAGUUAGCUAAAGAAGAUCAAAUGGAAAUAUAUGAAGAGUUAGUAAAGCAACUUAAGGCUAAGGAGUUAAAGUCUAAACAAGAGGCGCUUAUAAAAAAGAAAUCUUCAGAGAUCUCGCCUGAAGAAAGAAGUACAUUGCAUGAUGAACAAUUUUUAGCACCAUCUCCUAAAAGAACCAUCUUCUUCAAUCUUGAUGUAGAUUCUUAUUAG